AUGGACAACAGAAAGAGGCCAGCAGCUUCCUCCAACUCUGGGAGUUUGGUUUUCUGGUCGUCCUCAUUUCCACGGCAACCAGCCAGGGUCCUGAUUGUGGACGCUCUGCCACCCUGGUGGUCAGAAACCUGCACGGUGCUUUGUGAUGCUCUGGACAACUUCCUGUCCCUGGCCUGUACCCUGGACGGGCCCUGCAGGAUACCACUACUUAGCCUGUACGCCAUCAGCAGGCAGCAGGAAUGUCUACUGCCAUUUGUGCAAGUUCGCAGUAACUUGGCCAGGCUGCAUUCCUGCGUUGAGGAGCUGAGGUCUAUUCCAGGUGAAGGUUGUAUCAGAGGAGCAGCCAGAGGAGGUGAUCUGCUGCGACAGGCAGUGCUGGACAGUCUGCAGCAGUAUAAACAGUACAUCAGACAUACCAGCGCUGGCAGCCAGACCAGCAACAAUAUAUCUGUGGAGGUUACCGUGGUGACCAGCCAGCCAGGUCGCGGCACGGUCCGUCAGUUGGAGACGGGGCUCAAACAUGCAGACCUGAUGUCACUGAAGCGGCUCCUGGUCGUGCAGAUUAAAAGUGGAGGAGACUGGGAUCAAGACACUCCCUCACCUGAGGCCACACAUGCUGAGACUGAAGAUUCCCUGAUGUUGGGGACCGAGGUCGACCUCCAGCAGGUGGAGAACAGUGUGUUCGCCUUGGAGAUGGUGUUGAAGGCGUGGCUUCAGGAGCAGGGAGGAGACAGGGAGCACCUGCACCUCCUGCUGCCAAGUCCACUGGAUGAUCUCAUUCCAGUGUGUGUGAAGUGUGACAUGCAGGAGCGUCUGAUAAGCCCCGCCCUCAUCCCGCUGGCCCCCAACCUGGGCGUGAAGACUGAGAGCGUUCGGGACUUCCUGCCUGUCACCAAGAUGUCAGCCAAUCAGAGCCCACCGCCACAGAGACUGAAAGUAAUCAAAGCUCUGCGUGCAGACGGAGUGUGUGAGAGUGUGUUAUACGGCCUCCCGCUGGUGCUACGUCCCACCACCUGCUGGCAGCUGGACUGGGAUGAAAUGGAGACCAACCACAGCUUGUUUCACGCUCUCUGCCACACGCUCAGGAGUCAUGACUUGUUCCUGCUGGUGCAGGUGGAGCCUCUUCAGAAGUCUACAGCUGGAGGCUCAGGUGUGUAUUCACACUACAUCCUCCAGCCGUCUCCAUCUCUCUCCUUCCUCCUGAAGCCUGUUGUCUCCAAAGAGUUGCUGCUGCCCUUUUCACUGCCCGUCUCAACUCAGGAUCCUGCACCUAGCGCCAUGCAGACUAUACAGGGUUGUCUCGCUCAGCUGGAUGAGGAGUUUGUGUUAAACCCUCUGUCACUGAGCAGUAACCUCUACCAGCACCUCAGGAGCAGAGGCCUGAUCUCACAGCCACGAUACCCGUACAGGUCAGCAGCACCGGAAGAGGGCCCUAAAAGCACAGCCAGCAGACAGCCUCGGCAGCCACAGAACAAGGGUCGCCAACUGGGAACAAGCAGCAAGGUCAGAGCCACUGUGGCUCCCCUGCCCUCCUCCUCCUUCGCCUCCUCUUCCUCCUCCCUGGGACCUCCUCCUGCGAAGGCCUCCCGUCCAGCUCUGAGCUUCCUCAGCGGCGGCCGUCGGGCCCCGACCCCUACUAGACAGGAAGAAGACAAUGAUAACUCUAUGAUAGUACAGUAA